AUGGAGCCUACCCGGGCUAAUUUCUGCCACCCUUACCAACCUUAUUCCAUUCAGCUAGACUUUAUGAAAGAGCUCUAUCGCUGCAUAGAGGAAAAGAAAGUGGGUAUCUUCGAGUCUCCAACAGGUACAGGCAAGUCGUCGAGCUUGAUAUGUGGUGCUUUGACUUGGCUCCGAGAACACGAACGCCUAGCACUGCAAGGUCAGACGGACGGGAGUGAGCCACUCGAUUGGCUUUUGGAGGCUGAGAAGUCUGCCCAGCGCCGUGAACUGCUGCUUGAGCGUGAGGAAUUUGAGUUGAAGCUUGCCAAGAUCCGUGAAGAAGAGACAUCUCGCCGACAGAGACGAUACGACCUGAAAGCUUCAAAGAAGCCUCGAACUAAGACUGCAAAAAUCGAGGACAAGGCUACAGACGAGGAAGAGUUUAUGCUGGAAGACUACGAGAGCGAUAGAGAAGAGAGUAAAGCUUUCAACAGCUCAACCACCAGUUUUUCUAGCUCAACUCAAGCUCUGCUAGACAAAUUACAAGGACCCGCGAAAACUGAGGUUGAAGAACAAGAAAAAGAUCGACUGAAGAUCAUCUUUUGCUCACGCACUCACUCCCAGCUUACUCAAUUUGUGAAUGAACUGCGUCGUGUCAAGCCUCCCUCCUCAAUUCUUCUAGAGGCUGGGGGUAUCGUUCAGAAGUCUUCGCUCGAAGAAGGAGUGAAACACCUUGCCCUAGGCUCACGGAAAAACUUGUGCAUCAAUCCUAAAAUUGCAGGCUUGUCGUCGACCAACGCGAUCAAUGAGCAAUGCCUCGAACUCCAGAAAGCUGCCAUCCCCAAGGACAAAAGAUGUCCCUAUAUCCCCGCAAGGGAUGAUAAAUCAAAGAUCGAGGCUUUUCGAGACAGGGUCGUUGCAGAGAUACGAGACAUCGAAGAUACGGCUCAUCUAGGCAGAGAGAUGGAAAUCUGUCCAUACUAUGCUUCGCGCGCAGCCAUAAGCAUGAGUGAAGUGCUCACUUUGCCCUAUCCUCUACUACUCCAGAAGUCCGCUCGAGAAGCCUUGGGAGUCUCGGUCAAAGAAAAUGUUGUGAUUAUUGACGAGGCUCACAAUCUGAUGGAUGCCAUUGCGGACACCUUCUCUAUCUCACUGCGACUCAGUCAGCUAGACCAAGCCGUUCGGCAGGUUACUGCGUACGCAUCUCGAUUUAAGAAUCGCUUGAAAGGGAAAAAUCGCGUAUAUGUUAUGCAAGUGAUACGGUUGCUGAACUCGAUGACCGACUGUCUGCGGGGGACCAUGCAGAAAUUGACCUCAUCCCAGGCAACUAUAACAGCGGCACAAUUGAUGUCGGGAAAAGGAGUCGAUCAGAUCAAACCGCACAAACUCUUACAAUACCUGCACGAAAGCAAGCUUUGCCACAAAGUUGAGGGAUACUGUGAAGCACGACAGGAUCACACUGAUUCGAAUCAGGGCAAAGGUGUUCUGAUGCAGUUUCAGAACUUCCUCGUGGUAUUGAUGAAUCCGGAUGAUGAGGGACGAUUCUUUACAAGCCGACAAGAUGACGACGUCGUCGUUCACUACACGCUGCUCGACCCGAGAGAGCACUUCCGACAAAUAGUCCAAGAUGCCAGGGCUGUCAUUCUGGCUGGCGGGACUAUGUCCCCCAUGUCCGACUAUUCAGAUUAUCUCUUCUCAUAUCUCGCUAGGGAUAGACUUCGAACUUUCAGCUUCGGUCAUAUUAUCCCCCCUUCCCAUUUGUUCGCUCAGGUGGUUGAGAAGGGACCUUCGGGUGUCGAGUUCGAUUUCAGGUAUGAAAUGCGUGCCUCUGAAACGAUGAUUCUUGAACUGGGAAAUCUUGUUGUACGAGCAUGCAGCAUCGUCCCGGACGGGGUCGUGGUAUUUUUCCCCAGCUAUGAUUAUCUUGCACGAGUAACCUCUGUUUGGCAGCACCUGCCGGCUUCCCAGCCGAUAAUGACUGCUCUGGGUAGAGUUAAGACAAUAUUCCAGGAAUCAAAGUCAGUUGCUGUCGAUGAACUUCUGGGGGAGUAUGCUACUGCGGUGGAUAGCGGAAAAGGGGGUUUGAUGUUGUCAGUCGUGGGCGGAAAGCUCUCGGAAGGUAUCAACUUCUCUGAUAGACUCGGUCGGGCUGUCCUAGCGGUUGGCUUACCAUUUCCCAAUGCCAACGGGGCAGAGUGGAAGGCCAAGAUGGAACAUAUUGAAGGACUCCGAUUUGAACAUUGCAAAAGCCAGGGGAAGGGCGAGGCAGAAUGUAGGGCUGAGGCGAAGAGUGCAAGCAGGGAAUACUACGAAAAUGCAUGCAUGAGAGCUGUGAACCAAAGUAUUGGGAGAGCAAUCAGGCACAGGAGCGACUAUGCUGCAAUAUUGAUGGUUGAUAGACGGUUCUCAACAGAGAGGAUAUCUCGCAAGUUGCCCGGAUGGAUACAAGGGAGCAUGAACGAUAGUCUGCGAGACUGGACAAAGAUAGAGAAGGGCGUUGGCGCUUUUUUCCAGGGGAAGCAAUGA